AUGGCAGAUGGAUGGACAUACAUUAGACAGAGGUCUUUGAUUAACUUUUUAGUUUAUUGUCCAAAAGGAAUUUCAUUUGUCAAAUUUGUUGGUGCUUCUGAUAUUUGUUCAACUGCUGAAGAAUUAUGUAAGUUGUUUUGUGAGAUUGUGGAAAGGGUUGGUCCUUGUAAUAUUGCACACAUGGUAAUAGACAAUGGAGCUAAUUAUAAAGUUGUGGGUGGUAAGCUUGCGGAGAAGUAUCCUUUUAUUUUUUGGUCACCAUGUGCACCUCACUGUAUGAAUUUGAUAUUUAAAGAUGUUGGAGAGCUGAAAAUCGUCCAAAGUGUGGCUAUUCGUGCUUCAACGCCUAAGAUUAUGCGUGGAGUGCUAAAUGUAUUGGAUAAGGUGGAAGGCGACGAUGGCCUAAAAAUUCUGGAUAAGUUAAGAAUUUUUCGAGAGCGUGAGAAGGGCUUUUCUCGUCCAAAGACAAUUGCUUGUUGUAAAACGACUAGACCGGAUGAAUGGUGGAGAUUAUUUGGUUUUGAUGUGCCAAAUUUGCAAAAAUUGGCUAUAAAGAUCAUUGGUCAAACUUCUUCCCCUUCUGGAUGCAAGCGUAAUUGGAAUGUAUUUGAGCGCAUCCACACAAAGAAAAGAAAUAGGCUUGAGCAUCAAAGAUUGAAUGAUCUUGUCUAUGUUCACUAUAUUUUGCGAUUGAAGAAUAGGUUGACGAAUUCUAAGAGAUCAUAUGAUCCAGUUGAUUACGAAUCACUUGAGAAAACUGAAUUUUGA